UUCCGGCACUCAGUACUCGUCAAAAUCUUGGCCAGAAUGAGACGAACUGGCCCAAAGAUGCAACCGCUCCUGGCGCUGGUGCUAGUGCUGCUCCUCCAGCUCCUGGCUCCCUCGCACUCCAUCGAAUGGACUCUGCCGGACAUCAUCGAUUCCAUCGGCAAUGUGGGCACCAGCAUCGUGGACCCCAGUCUGCUGCCCACGCCCCAAGCUCUCUUCGAGAGCAGCAAGCAGCUCAUCGCCGGCUAUCCCUUCGAGGUCGUCUCCAGCUCCCUCAACGUCAUAUGUUCCCAGGCUCUGGCUUCUAAUAAAAUCAAGUCGAAAAUUACCCCGGACAUCAACAAGAUGAACUUUCAACUGCAGACGGCAUGCACAAAAACCAACUUUCCGCUCACCAAAGCGGAGGAAAUGUGGGAGAGUCCUCUAUUCGAUCCCAAGAAGAAGGUGGUCAUCCUGGCCACCGGAUGGACCACCACCGUCAAUGGAUCGGAUACCAUCGAGGUCUUCUCAAAGGCCUACAACUGUCGCGGCGAUGUCAACUUUGUGGCAGUGGAUGCAGCUCGCUUCGUGGACACCCUGUACACGUGGUCGGCCUUCAACACGGAGGAGAUUGGCGAGAACAUAGCCCUGGGAUUGGUGAAGCUGCUGAACGUGAUGCCAGUGGAGAACAUCCACCUGAUUGGCCACAGUUUGGGUGCCCACAUAGUGGGAUCCGCAGGUCGGCACUUGCAGCGCCUGACCGGUAAGAUAGUGCCCCGGAUUACGGGAUUGGAUCCGGCCAAGCCCUGCUUCAACGAGGGUGAAGUUCUCUCGGGACUUUUGCGAGGAGAUGCCCAUUUCAUCGACGUCAUCCACAGCAAUUCCGGAGUGCUGGGCAAACGGGAUCCGUUGGGCGAUGUGGACUUCUAUCCGGGCGGAAUGGGACCUCUGCCCGCGGGCUGUUUCUCGGUGACCUGUGCCCAUGCUCGGUCGUGGGAAUACUACGCAGAGACCGUGUAUCCGGGCAACGAGCGGAACUUCAUGGCCAGCCGAUGCAGUUCGAUGGACCGACUCCGGGAAUCACGCUGUCCGGGCGACGAGGUGCCCAUGGGCUAUGCCGUGCCGGUGACUGUCAAGGGCAACUACUUCCUGGAGGUCAGCGCCGAAUCGCCCUUCGGCAAGCACGCCUCCAUUGUGCGAACGUCCUAUUUGGAACACUGCGGCAAGUGUCCCGACGCCUCAACAACCUCGACCACCUCGGCGCCGACUUCCUCAACCCCAGUGAAAUCACGAUCCUGGUUCUGAGGCAUCCCGUCCUCUCGAAAUCCAUCCUAAGCUAUUCUUACCUUUGUUUUUUUUUUCACAACUAAUAUUUUUUUCUGGUCGAUAUGCAGUUUGCCUUAUAAGCGUUGGCAACUUAACUAAAUUGGUGCUUUUUAUGCUUACGCAAAGCCCGAAAAUGGAUAUGGGGAAGUGGGAAUACCGUUUAUGUGAUACCGAAGGAAUUUGUUUAGAUGACGAAGCGUUUUAAACACCAUACAUGUGCCUAUCCAAAUAAAUCAAAGCAAAAAAUGUA